AAGGAGCAAGUGGGGCCGGGGCUAUCAUUCUCCGCCCGAGUGAAAGGGCGGUGGCGGAGCUGGGCGGGGCCGAGCUCCAGGACUGGCGGCUGGCUGCGGUGGGGCCUGCGAGCCGCUGCGGAGUUGAGUGCCGCUCAGGCGGGGCGGGGCCGGGCGAGCGGAGUCCGCGCGCGUCCCCGCUGAGCUGCCCUCUCCGGCGGCUGCGCUGCUCGCCCGCGGCGACGUCGCGCCCGUAUCGCCAGCAUGACCGAGCUGCGGCAGAGGACUGCCCGCGAGCCGGACGGUCCGCCCGAGGACAAGGAGUCGGAGUCAGAAGCAAAGGUAGAUGGAGAGACUGCAUCAGACAGUGAGAGCCGAGCAGAAGCUUCUCCCCCACUAAUCCCUGCAGACGAUACCCCAGAGGUCCUCAACAGGGCCUUCUCCAGCUUGUCUUCAAGAUGGAAGAACUGGUGGGUGAGAGGCAUCCUGACUUUGGCCAUGAUUGCAUUUUUCUUCGUCAUCAUCUACCUGGGACCAUUGGUUUUAAUGAUAAUCGUGAUGUGUGUUCAGAUUAAGUGUUUCCAUGAGAUUAUCACUAUUGGCUACAAUGUCUACCACUCCUAUGACCUGCCCUGGUUCAGGACCCUCAGCUGGUACUUUCUACUGUGUGUAAAUUACUUCUUCUAUGGUGAAACAGUGACGGAUUACUUCUUCACUCUGGUCCAGAGAGAGGAGCCCUUGCGGAUUCUCAGUAAAUACCACCGGUUCAUUUCCUUUACUCUCUAUUUAACAGGGUUCUGCAUGUUCGUACUGAGCCUGGUCAAGAAGCAUUACCGCCUGCAGUUCUACAUGUUUGGCUGGACCCAUGUGACAUUACUGAUCGUUGUAACCCAGUCCCAUCUUGUCAUCCACAACCUAUUUGAAGGAAUGAUCUGGUUCAUUGUCCCCAUUUCUUGUGUCAUCUGUAAUGACAUCAUGGCCUAUAUGUUUGGCUUCUUCUUUGGUCGGACCCCACUCAUCAAGCUGUCCCCGAAGAAGACUUGGGAAGGCUUCAUUGGGGGCUUCUUUGCUACUGUGGUCUUUGGCCUUCUGCUCUCCUAUGUGAUGUCUGGGUACAGAUGCUUUGUCUGCCCCGUGGAGUACAACAAUGACACCAACAGCUUCACUGUGGACUGUGAGCCCUCGGACCUGUUUCGCCUGCAGGAGUAUGUCAUUCCUGGGGUGAUUCAGUCAAUCAUUGGCUGGAAAAUAGUCCGGAUGUACCCCUUCCAGAUUCACAGUAUUGCCCUCUCCACCUUUGCCUCCCUCAUCGGCCCUUUUGGAGGAUUCUUCGCAAGUGGAUUCAAACGAGCCUUUAAAAUCAAAGACUUUGCCAACACCAUUCCUGGCCAUGGGGGCAUCAUGGAUCGCUUUGACUGCCAGUAUCUAAUGGCCACCUUUGUCAAUGUGUACAUCGCCAGUUUUAUCAGGGGCCCGAAUCCGAGCAAGCUCAUUCAGCAGUUCCUGACCUUGCGGCCAGAUCAGCAGCUCCACAUCUUCAACACGCUUAAGUCCCACCUGACCGACAAGGGGAUGCUGACGGCUGCUGCCGAGGAUGAGUAGGGGCCACCCCGGGCCGGGAGAGCAGGACCGAGCGAGGGGCAGGGCUCCAAGGCAAGCCCAGCUGGUGUGACUAGACAAUGACAAGGCUUCAACUCACUGUCUUUUUUUUUUUCCCUUUAUUUGUGGGUUUAAAAAAAAUCUGUAUAUACAGUCUAUGUGCUUAUGAUUUGGGUUGUGAGUAAACUAUAGCUUUGAGUUGGAAAGAAGUCAUGGCAGUAAAACCGUUGGGUUUUUUAAACAGAAGUUUUUGACAGCCUAGAAGACAGUGUUGCCCAGCUCGGGAGCAUCUGCUUGGCGCUUCUAGCUGCCAUCAAGUGAACUGUUUCUGGGCUCGAGCAGAGAGUGGUCGUGCUUCUGUGUCCGUCCAGUUCAGGGGCCCCGCCUGUCUCUGUGACCGCCCCCAGCAGGGAAGAGGAGUAUGGCUUGGAUGUCUUUACUGCUGGAGAGCUUCCACCUGGGUUUCUCGGUCAUCCCUGCCUUGGAGCUGCAGGAGGGUUGCCUUCUCCCGGCUGGAAUGACAAGGCUUGUUAAUCAGAUAAGCAUCCUACCCACAUGGAAUCCUGUGGAGCACAAGCUCGGUUUUAUGAUGUGGUUCACCUUACUUCAUCACACACUGAGAGAAGGUUUCAGUUUUUAUUUUCUUCAGAAAGCACGAAAAGUUAUUUAUAAUAGUCUGGGGAAAAAAAGCCCACACUGUAUUAUUAGAAGUGUAUGCAGUAGCACGUACUGUGACCAAGCCCUUUCCCGCGGGUUUUAGGCUCAGGUGGCUCCUACAGGGCAGUCCAGCUCACCAUGUCUUUUCAGGGACAGUGCUGUUCACGUUUGUGCUGUACACUUGUUGCUGCUGAAUCCCUCCUGGGGGCUUUCCCAUUAGGCGGCGAGCAGAGGGCUUCUGGUUCCCGCACCCCUUGCCUGACCGACCACCCGUGUAGCUGCUGUGUUGUAUAUAUAUUACUGUUAAGGCAAGUGUGUCUCUGUGUGUGUUAAAAAUCACUUAUUUCUUAUAGUGAUUUCAAGUGUACCAUGACUUCUUCACUGAAACCACAAAGUCCUGCUUUAAACUCUGGAAAUCCUAACCCAGCUAGAGAUUUGACUAUUAUAAAGAUUAAAUGCAUACUUUUUAUAUAAUGUGACCAGUUUCAAUGUAGUUUGUAUUUUACUAGGGGACCUUUUUUCUUUUAAACUGUGAUUUAUUUUUUUCCCUUCCUAAUUACAGGAGUGAGGUUGACUGUGGGAAGACAAGUUCUUUGUCGGGACAAGUCAGGGAGGACGGGAGAGAGAACUUGGUGCCCAAAUGUGUUAAAUUAUUCUGUGCCAUGGUGGUUCUUGUUGCCAAAUGAGGGGGUAAUGGUUUGCUUCAGCAUCUCGGUGUGGUGCUGGUUUGCUUUGUGUCUGUUUAUAUCAGCCUUCCCGCCACCCUGAAAGCCCGCGGUCAGCACAGACCACCGAGCGUCCAGCGCAAGGCAGACCCCUCUCGACGUUUCAGCUGACAGUGACUGUGGGACCUCCACGUGCAGGCAGCACUGAGGCACCUUCUGAGCUUUUCCUUCCAUUUUAGCACAUGCGUUUUCUUUUUCAGGCCCAAGGCCCCUUUAAAAACAAAACCUGUUUUUGCACGGGGGUUUUAGUCAUGGCUGUGUGACCCUGGGCAGGACGCAUCACUCUCUGGGUCCUCACGUUCUGAGCCGUUUUCGAAUUCCAGGAUUCUGUGAUUCUGGCUGAGCAAGUUCAUGUCAGCAGAGGCUGCUGUGGGUGUUGAGUUGUGUCCUGGGCACCCAAAAAGCAGGCGCUUUCAGGCCUUUUCUAUAUGCUUGUCCUUAAGGUGAGUGAGAAUCUCAGCCACAGUGAAGGUGAAUAUGAACGCAUUUAGUUUUCUUGUUAAAGAAUGAUUGGUUCCCCAAACCAGAGACAGAAGGGUGCCUCAUUUCUCUGGUGCCCCAUUGUGGGCAUAUGGUGGGGUCCUUGGUUGCUAGGGCCCAGCAGCAGAGAGCCACUCUUGAAUAGGGCUGCCUUUGGGAUCAGGGAACCUGGCGCAUCCCUUUGUAGAAGUGGUCACUGAUGGGGGUCCUGGGAAACUGCAGCUGGGUGCGCAUCAGAGCUGCUAGCAAGAAGCCCAGAGGGUCAGCUUGAGUUUAUUUUCUUCUGAUUUCCCCACAUGCUUUCUGGUGAAAUAAGGAAUUUCCUCGUUGAGUAGCCCGGAGGGCACACCACCUGUUGUCUCUAUAGCACAAUGGUUUUCUUUCUCCCAUUUACUGAAGAUAUUUCACCAUACAGAUAAGAUUCAAGCGACUGUGUGAACAUACGCCUGUGCAGAUCUCAAUGAACAGCAUAACUGGCUUCAGAUCCAUUUUUUUUGUGUGAGCAAUAAAAUGUGACUGAAACUGAAACUUGUCGUGAAUUCAGUUUCUCACUGCCACGCGUGGUUUUGUUUCCCGCUUGUUUUUGUGUUCCUAAAUACCAUGCAGUCCUGAAUUAGAGAUUUUUGUUGUGUUUUCCAAUUUGAAUCCUAUCCGUUCUCACAACAGCCUUCUGAGGUACCUCGGGUGAGAGUCCUCAGCACCUUCCCGGUGAGGAAGCUGAGGGCCAGCGAGGGUAGAGAGCUUCCCCAGGGUCACGUGGUGCAGUCAAGACCGACUCUGUCUUGUGCUCCACACACCAGGACAGGGACUGGAUCGUCCCCACGCCCACUCGCCUUUGAGGAAGUGGCGUGAGCGCUCCUGGAAUUUUGCAGCGUUCCUUCCCUCAAGCUUAGGAGGCCUGACCUGGGUACCAGGCUGGAGCUUAAGUUGCCAUUAGCUCAUAACUGGUGACAUAAGGAGCUGAUGAGCGAGAGUGUCACAGAAACCAGGGAGUGUCUGCAGUGGGCUGAGCCAAGGUAUCCUCUCUGUGGGCCCUGCUCAUGACUGCUCAGAGGGCACCCCAGUCUUUUCCCUUGGUAUGCGCAGGCCACCCCCUUAACUGCUCUCAGCAUUGAAAAAGUACAUUUGUGUUUUACUCCUGAAAGUGAAACCCCCUAGGGCAGCCUGGGCUUUAUGUUUAUUAUUUUUUGCCUGUUUCAUAUUCUGAGCAUUUUAGUAGCUGUAAUAUAACUACAUUUAAAAUGUAUUUACUCUUAGUGUUGUACAAUUCUAUAAUGUAUGUUUGAGGCUAGUGUUUCAGAAGCGGUGAAAUGUAACUUUUAACCUUACACAGGUGGACUUUGAAACCAUUUUUAUGGUAUGUACUUUUUCCUGCUGCGCUUCUUAGCCUGUAACUUGAUUUAUAUUAUGCAAGAAGAUUCCAAAAGUAUAUUAUAAGUGAGACUAAACAGACCCUGUGAUUUGAGUCUAAGCUAGUUGCUGAGUUGGCUCAAGGCUGAUGUGAGUGGAUCCUUGAGUUCAGAUCCUCAGGCUGUCAGUGAGUCCCCAGCAGGCUUAGGAGCAGCCCUGCUGUGGAUGCAGGUGGUUGGGGGAGACUGUGAGUGACUCAGGGCAAACAGCAAACCUUCUCCCAAAACUACAGCAGUGGCCUUUCUCCACAAGAAGCCUGCCCAGGGUCAGUUUCCAAGGGAGUAGAUUUUCAUUAUUCUACCAAAUGUGUUAGGUCAUUGCUGAAACUUCUUCCUGUGUCGCUAAUACCUUAGGCAUUCUUGCCUUUUGUCUUUUGGGGUAACUCCCAUCUGUGCCCACCUUGUGAUCAUGUGCUGAGAAAAGGGUGGAGUGGAGUGGGGAGGGCGGCAUCCUUGGACCCAGGGUUCCCGUUCUUCCGUAGUCAGGGUGGGGAGGAAAGGUGAAGAGGGGCAUGUCCAAGUGGCUGUCGGAGAUAUGUCACGAGACAGCGAACCGUGGGCAGACUCUCCCUGUGCUUCUCUGUAGCAGGGGCUCCAGAAGAGCAGCGGAACAGACCAGCAGCUCCCUGAAGAGAGGGGCUGAUUCUUGGGCAGAGCCUUUCUCUCUCCUUGUCUUGGCCAAAACAUCCUUCCUUUUCCCUUGAUCACCCUCCACAGAGUUGCCCCAGCUUCCAGUUUUUAAAGAGAUUAACAGCUCCCACUUCCUCAUCUGGUUUCCCUUGUUGGGUGGGGGCCUUGUGGCAUGACCUACGUAGGGUGCUGGGGUUUGGACCAAUGGUGAUGAAAGAGGCUAAUUUAAAGGCCUCUUCUAGGCUCAUCUCCUCAGCUCAUCCACAUUCCCCUACAGAAGGUGGGCCCCAUUCUCAGUGAGGAACAGAGUCCCAGCUGCCGACUGCCUGUAUCAGUUGAAAAUGGCCCCGUCUUUCUGUUCCUCCCAGUACUGUCCCACCCCCUUCAGGUUGACCAACAGUGACCUUACUGGGCUCUCAGGUGGGUAGGCUGCUGUUCUUACAGGGGGCUGCCUCUCCAUUGAGUAAGGCUUUACCUGUUUGUAUGUUUUCAAAGGCAAAGAGAUCUCAGCUGCGAGGGUAGUUUGGGAGACAUACUUUGGAUGCUAACGUGUUGGGGUUUUUAGAGCAUGUGGAUGAUGUAUGAGAAUAGAGGGAGAGACAUGUGACAUCUAGGAUUUUAUGGCCAGUGUGUUUCAAAUCUGUUGGCUGUUUGAAAAUCCUGUCCCCUCUCCCACCCACCUCCACCGAUGGCCUAUCUGCUGAGGCUCCUUUCCUUUUCAUUCUUGAGCCAGUAAGUUACCAGCAGUGUGUUUAUUAAUAAUUGCAGUAAUAGUAAUAGUGCUUAAUAUGUGCUAGGCACAGUGCUAAGGGUUUAUAUACAUUAUUUCUUUUAAUCCGGAAAACAAUCUUUUUUUUUUAAAGAUUUUUAAUUUUUCCUUUUUCUCCCAAAGCCCCCUGGUACGUAACUGUGUGUAUUUUUAGUUGUGGGUCCCUCUAGUUGUGGCAUGUGGGAUGUCACCUCAGCAUGGCUCGAUGAGUGGACAUGGACAUGGUGCCAUGUCUCCACCCAGGAUUUGAACCAGUGAAACCCUGGGCCGCUGAAGCAGAGUGCGCUAACCUAACCACUUAGCCACGGGGCUGGCCCAUGGAAAACAAUCUUUGAUUAGGUAUUAUCAUCUCCAUUUUAUAGAUGAGGAAACUGAGGCACCAUGACAGGCUGAGCACUGUGGUUAAGAAGAUGACGUUAGGCUCAAAUAGUCCAAGGUCUGGGCAGGUUACCAUGUGCAACUUAGGCCCAGUUGAGUCGGAUAAUAGCACUUCCCCAAAGGAACAUUGUGAGGGUUUUAUGAGAUAACACACGUAAGCAGUUAGCACAGUGCCUGGCACACAGUAAGCGCUUAAUAAAUGGAGUUAUUUUGGUUGAUCUCAGCUGAUGGUUUGAACCCAAGUUGGUGUAAUGUUGGAGACCAGGUUCUCAGCCACGGCACUGCCACCUGCCCUGCACACAGCCUGGGGUUCAGGGUCUAGAAGGUGACCACACCACCCUCCUGAGAGGAGCAGCCCAACCUUAGCACCCACCUGCAGUGUCUGGGUGCUUGAACUUGGUUGAGAAGACCAGCCUGGCAGAAGGAAAGAGGACGUGAGGAUGUUGUGAAAUUCUCCGUUCUUAGUGGGAAUGGUUUGCCUGAUGUCUUGCACACUUCCUGCCACCCCUGGUUUGCACUUUCCGUGGGGACGGCAGCCCUGACCUCUUGCCCGGUGGUGCCUCCACUCCGUGGGCAGUGAGGGCCUAUCUGUGACUCGCUCUGGACCCCACUUCCCCCUCUGGCCAAGGGCUGUGUGCUCUAUGCACACAGCUCAGGAACCCGCAGCAGUUCCCUGACAGGUGGACAUCUCAGCGGCUGAGCAGAGUGGGGACGAGGAGCCUUUGCUAGAUUAUAUGGACAGCACGCCUAAGAGCUCCGCCCACACCCUUCCAGCCAAACAGGUCAGGGGCCUGUGUUUCAUGCCUUCCUGAAAGUAUUACCAGGAGACAGGCGAGUGAGCACUGGAGGAAAGAUGAUGUGGGGCGUCUCUGUUGGCUUCUAGGAGAGGAAAAGAUCACGGGUGACUCACGAAGGAAGGGAGAAUGGAUGUGGGAUUCCAUGGGAAAUGUCUUGGUUUUCCAAAUGGAGAUGGGGGGUGUGUGUGAGGUGGAGCGUUCGUCACUUUGAAGGAAUGGUGUUGACAGAGAGGAUCCCUGAGACUCAAGCCAGUGGAAUCAUAAUAACUUAGGGCUACCGGCUUGACUGUGGACUGUUUCCUGGGUGUUAGUGGGGAGUGAUGACCAGACCUAGGCCCUUUGUGUUUCAAUAGUGGUCUCCCCUUCAGUUAAUGGAUGAGUGACAGUGGCAGGAUCAGGAGCACAUGGUUGUGCAGCCACUGUGACCGACCCUGGGCUUGCCCUCUCGCCCUUCUGGAGUCAGCGUGUGCCAGGCCUGGACUUCCUCCCUCAUUGUUGCACCUAAUGGACCAGGCAGCUUUUUAACUGUGGAGAGAAAGGCUCCAAACUCAGGGCGCGGGCCCUCUGGGCAUGGGGCUGAAAAUGCCCUUUCCUGCUCUCCCAGGCGUUGGGCCCCGCCUGGCUCUUUGGAGCCUCCUGAGGGCUUCCCUGUCUAGCGCCCAGAGGGUUUAGCCACCCGGUGACACAUUACUCUCUCUGUCUUGGCUGCUGGAACACCUGUUUCCUACCUCCAUCAGGUUCAUGUGCUGGUUUUGCUGGCUUUGUGCCAAGGAACACCAGCCUGGAAAGGGGUUAAGAAUGUUUUCUAGCGGGCAGAACGUGCACACAUGUUCUUAUAAGGGUGUCCUUCGUGUGCUGUUUCAUUUAAAUCCUCCACACACAGCACCUGGUGGCUGCCUCCCGUCACACUGGCUGGGUAUCUGGGGACCGUUUACAGAAGGGAAGAGCUGAGCAGACGUCAAGGUCAAGAAAACCAAAGGAUUUGGAGCCAAGAGAACAAGGCAGGGGCAGGAUGCAGUGAUUUAUUGUCCAGCCAGAGGACUGUCAAGAAGCUGUGGGGGCAGCAGCGGGAGAAACAUGGGAAGGGAGGUGCCAGGAGUCCUGCAGGUGGGGGCCAAUUGCCAGAGGCCAGCCUGUGUCUCUCGUGGGUGUGGGGACCAGCAGUUGGGCUCAGAAGCCCAUCAUGGAGACUCAAAGCUCCUGGAUUAUGAAUUAUCUUCUAGACUUGAUGCUGAUACCAGGUUUUAAUUUUUAUUGAUGUUUAAUACUUUCCAAAACAGGAGGGGAAGAUCAAACGGAUAGGAGGCCCCUCUGCUGAAGAUUCUUGGGGACACUGGUGGUGGUGGGUGAGUCAGGCACAGCUGUUAACUUCCUCCUCAAUUCUGUCCACUCUCAGGAUCUGUUUAAUGGGAAAGUUCCCCAGACAUAAAAAUGGCCUCCCUGUCCCCCGUGGGGAGUGCCAGGUGUCACAUGUAGCCCAUCACUGCCAGUGUUUGUGCCGCCCAGAGGUCAGCCCUGUGUUUGCCCUGUCCCCUCUGUGAUGGGCAGGCCCAGGUCAGUUUCUGUGCUCUCCCUCCGUGUGGAUGGACACAGUGAGAUUCAGUACAGUCAUGUCCUGCAUAACAUUUUGGUCAACGACAGACUGCAUAUAUGAUGGCCGUCCCAUGAGAUUAGUACCAUAUAGCCUAGGUGCGUAGUAGGCCUUACCAUCUAGGUUUGUGUAAGUACACUCUGUGAUGUUCGCACAACGAUGAAAUCGCCCAAUGACACAUUUCUCAGAAUGUAUCACGUGACUGUAGCCUCUCACUGAUAAGCUGGGUAUUGAUAUUCAGUUUUCCCACCCUCGGACGUCGCUGACCAUGGAGCAGCUGUUGGGUGUGUGUGGAGCCCCUGUGACAGUCCUUGGGGCCUCCCCAGAAAUGUGUGUGCCUGUGUGCUACUGCUCUGUCCUUUAUCCGACUUGGCGUCUCACUAAAUCCAUGUGUUUUUGCCACAGCUGGCCUUUCUCUGUUCAUUGUCUGAUUGGUGUUGAGCAAUACAUAUAGAUUCUUCUUCAAUGCAGUGUCAGAACAUGGUAUACUGUACAUUGGCAAGUACUCACCUUAUUUAUAUACCUGAAUGUGCCCACUACACAAAUAAACAUCUAUGAAAUUCUA